AAUUUAAAUAAACGCAUAAAAUAGUUGUUGUGGUGUGUUUUUUCGGUCAAUGAACUUGUCGGCAGCCAUUUUUGCGGAACGCGCGAGUGCUUGUGUUGAAAAGUUUACUAUUUAGUGUAAAAGGAUUAUUAAUUAUCCAUAAUGUCAUCCGGGAGCUCAGAAGUUUAUAUGGAGGAGGAAUUUCUGGAAGAUCUUCAAUCAGAAUUUGAUUAUGAUUUUGAUGAAGACCUAUACUCCCCCCCUGAACCCCUGCAGAUUGGCGGAAUGGAGGACUCCGACUUUCUAGACUCUGAUGACGAUUCCGUACCAUGCCUCCACUCACCUUGUCGUGAUUUCGAAAUCGAUGUUGAUGUGGAGGAACUGGACAUGGAGGAACUGGAUGUGGAGGUAUUGGACUUGGAGGAACUGGAUGUGGAGGAUUGUUCCGGGUCAGUAAGAUCUGUACAAAUAACAGAAAGGUGAGUAAUUUAAAAAUGUAAUUAGCUGUUUCCUGCGGUAAUGUCUAAGUAAAAUUUCUUUACUUACAGGCAAUACAAUAUGCAAAGCCUAAGUUACUUGGGGUCCCAUUGCAUUUGUUUCAUGUUAUAUAGUUGUUGAAUGUCUAUGCUUUAUUGCUUUUAAGUAUUUUGAUUACCAUGCCCAUAUUUUUUUAUAACUUCUCAGUUUUUUUGUACUUUUGAGGAAGUGAUCAAACCUAAGUUUGAGCAAAAUAUUUAACAGUGUAAUAAUACCUUAUAGGAAAAUGUGUUCGACACCUUUCAAUCAAACAUGAUAAAAAAUUGGUUUUCCUUUACUGAGGAUGCUUAAUUUUUAUUAAUUUUGUGUCAUCUGAUGCUCUGAUUACUAAUGUUUCUGAGAAAGAUAUUUUUUUAAUGACAAAAAGAUAAAAACAUCCUGCUACUAUUAGGUAUGACAUCUUUACGGUUACAAAAUACCUAUGUCAGUGAUCAGUGUACCCUGUGUAUUUUGCAAUUGAUUAUUUUAUUUUACUUAUGCUUUUUAGGGUUCCGUACCCAAAGGGUAAAACGGGAUUUUUUUCGCUCCUCUGUCCGUCUGUCACCAGGCUGUAUCUCAUGAUUCGUGAUAGUUAGAAAUUUCCACAGAUGAUGUAUUUCUGUUGCCGCUAUAACAACAAAAACUCAAAACUAGAAUUAAAUAAAUAUUUUGUGGGGCUCCCAUAGAACAAACGUGAUUUUUUUGUCCGUUUUAUAAAUAAGGGUACGGAACCCUUCGUGCGAGUCCGACUCGCACUCGGCCGGUUUUUUUUUAAUAUGUAUGUUCACCAAUUACUCGAAGGCGCCUGGACCGAUUUGCAAAAUUGUUUUGUUGGUUGAUAGGGUUUAUCUCCCAGGUGGUCCCAUAAUCAUGAGGUCAGGAUCUGAUGGUGGAGACCCUGAGAAAUCAAGGGCAACUUUCGAAAAUUGAAGGCAUGCGUACUGUAAAAACUUGACACUGAGGUGUAUGUCUGAUAACACUAUGCAAUAUUGAAGGUUUGGAGCUGACCUGAUGAUGGAGAUGAGAGAAGGUUGAGGGAACUCGGCAACGGGUCCUGCGCCUGAUCUCUUUCCAGUCGUGUCGGAUUGCCGCCCCAUCGGGUUAUGAGAGUGAAGGAAUAGGGAGUGCACCUGUGUCUGAGCAAAUGCUCGUGCACUAUAAUAUGUCCUGCGCAGCUGGCUGAUCUCCUUAAAUGAGAACAGCCGCCGUGGCCGAAAUCGGCCUUGGACGCCAUUAUAUAUAGUGAUUAUAUAUGUAUAUAUAUCCGUCGUAAUCUAUACUAAUAUUAUAAAGAGGAAAACUUUGUUUGUUUGUUUGGUUGCAAUGGAUAAACUCAAAAACUACUGGACCGAUUUUAAAUAUUCUUUCACCAUUAGAACAUAGGCUAUAUUUUAUCCCGGCGCGGGCAGUAGCUCCCACGGGACGCGGGUGAAACCACGGGAAAACGGCUAGUAUGUAUAUAUAUAUAUACUCAUUCGUACUGAAAUUAAUAUUUAUUUUAAUCGGAGCAUAAUUUUGUACGCGAUUAAGGCGUAUUUUAUUAUACAUAUAUAUAGAUAUUAUGCUCCGAUUAAAAUAAAUAUUAAUUUCAGUACGAAUGAGUAUAUACAAUCACUAAUCAAUAUAUAUUUCUUCCUAUUUAUUUUAAUAGCAUAAUCUUGUACGUGAUUAGGGCACUACACAUUUCGCCAUUGCAGCGUCGUGCAUAAUUCAUUUGUAUGACUUUUUUGUCUAAAAACGUCCACAUAGCUUUUAGCUUCGAAUGAUGCUGCCCAUCUCCGAGAAAAAUAUUUGAUAUUCUACUUAGUGUUGUAACUUACCUCUCAUCAAUUUUUCAUGUACUUAGGAUGGAAGUCGAUGUCGAGGAUGGAUCGGAAGGAGUAUCGUCCGUGCCAGUGCUGGAGGCUACACAUCCUUUAAUGUUACCUCGCUUUUCUCGGCUAGAUCAGGUGGCGACAGCAUCAAGGAGGGUAGCAUCCGCUAGUAGCCGCGGUGGUCAUUCUGGGAGAGGCCGAGGUAAUUUUGGACGUUGGAAAAGAGGGAAGGAAUUAGUCGAGAAGUAUCCUUCUGACCUUGACUUCCCUCCAAAUUUGACAGAGGAAGUAAGGCGAAUUCAAGCUAGGCGUGAUAGGAAUUUGGUGUCGUCGAAUGAACAGAGACAAAGUGUAAGUGAGGAGGAAGCGCUCUUUCAUGAGAUUGAUCGGGAAGACUUUAGGUGGGAGGCGAUGGAUGGCUGGCAAAAUGAAAAAGAGACCUUUCUCCGCGAUACCAUUGGUCCUUGUCGUGAAUUUGUUGAUCCUUAUGAUGCCUUCAGGUCUUUUUGGGAUGAUAGCAUCUUAAAUCACAUUGUGGACGAAACCAAUAGGUACGCGAAUGAAAUAAAACGAACGAGUGAGAGAUUUGCCAGGUUAUGGUAUGAUACGAAUGUGCAUGAGAUAUUGGUACUGUUCGCAUUUUGGAUGAUGCUUGGCAUCAUUAAAAUGCCUUCAAUAAAAUCUUGCUUUAGCAACAUACCUUUAUUGAAGACGGAUGCAUUUAGGCACCUUUUUAAAGAAGAAAGGUAUUGGCUUUUGAAUCGAGCCCUUCAUUUUGCCAGGGGUUCUUCGGAUCCUUCUGAUCCGGAGAAUGUUUUAUACCCGAUGGGGCCAAUUUUAGACCAUUUAAACGCAAAAUUUAAAGAGUUAUAUUCUCCUAGCCAAGAUAUCUGCAUAGAUGAAUCCCUUAUUCUUUGGAAAGGACCUCUGUCAAUUAAACAAUAUAUAAAAACGAAAUCCGCACGUUUUGGACUGAAAACUUUAAAUUUAUGUGAAUCCAGCACAGGUUAUCUCUGGAAUUUUUUUAUUUACCUUGGCAAAAGAACGACCAACUCUACUUUGCCCUCGAGUACCAGCACCGUACUGAGGCUUGUAGCACCACUUUUGAAUCUUGGCCAUGUCUUAUUCAUGGAUAACUGGUUCAACUCUCCAUCACUAGCAAGGUUUUUGAAAAGGCGAAAAACGGAUUGCGUUGGCACAUUACGUGCGUGCCGGAAAAACGUGCCUAUCGCCGUUCAAAAAGCUAAGCUAGUGGAAGGGGAAUACAUGGGACGCCAAUGUGGUGACCUCAUGGUAAUGGCUUACCAAGACCGUAAGCGGUUGACCUGUUUAUCCACGUAUGGCAUGACAUGGCUCAAAUUCAAACUGCUGCCAAGCCAGGCCGAAUAUCGGUCUAUAAGCCCAAGCUUAUAGACGAUUAUAAUCGAGGGAUGGGUGGCGUUGAUCGUUUAGACCAAAUGCUUGAGCCCUAUUUAGUAGAGCGAAAGCAGUGCAUCAAAUGGAACAGGAAAUUAUUUAAACGAUUUCUCAAUAUUUCUAUCCAGAAUAGCCGUAUUCUAGUUGAGAAAUCGACUGGGAAAGCGCACCAGGCUCUACAGUUUCGUCUAAAACUCGUAGAAGCCAUUGCUAACAAACAUUUACCCCACGUCCCAAAGGCUCGUUCAGAAGCUACUUCUGGACGACGUCGCACGUAUCCACUCGGUCGUCUGACGGAGCGGCAUUUUAUCCAGCGCAUUGGAAAUAAAGAGUAUGCCGACAAAAAUCGGACAUCACGUCGAAAAUGCGUGUGGUGUGCCGAUAGAAGGGGAACCAGUACGAAAACAACCUAUGAGUGUGCUGAAUGUGGCAUGGCGUUAUGUUUAGAUUUUUGUUUUAAAGAGUACCAUACUAAACCAUAAUUUUCAACAAAAUUUCAUCAAAAUCGUUGGUUGCGUUACCCGAAUCCCCUGCAUACAAAAUUUUAUCAAAAUCGUUUGUGGCAUUACUCGAAUCCUCUGCAUACAAAAUUUCAUGAAAAUCGUUUGUGCCAUUUCUCGAAUACUCUGCAUACAAAAUUUCAUGAAAAUCGGCUAUUGGCAAUAAGUUCCUGUUCCAUUGGAAAGUAUUUUUUAAAUAUUGUUUUUUGGCAUUGUAUGAUGAUGGAUGAAAGGAGAUGAAUAAAAGGAAAGGAUGAUCGUGCAGGAUAUGAACGGUGUACCUCGGUCUGUCCAUCCCUUUUAUGUCUUUUGUCAUUGUGCGUUUCUUCGUCAACCGUAAAUAUAUUAUUCUCAUAAUAUUGUAAGAAUCGAACAAACAUAAAAAUAGAACAAGAAACAUUUCUUUGGGUGAUGUAUACAGUCAUUGGUUUAUUUGCUACUACAGAGAUCUAAAAUUGAGCAUUCGGCAGGAAGUUCGUCGGUUACUAGCUAUUCCACCUUCUUGCAUGACAGAAGUAUACAUGACGUUCAUAUGUAUUGAUACCUUAACAUUUUUAUACGUUGUAAUAGGGUUUCAGAGUGACCGCCUGUAGGGCUCCUAAUAUGCAUGUUUUCAACCUAACCUAGUAAGCAAUAAUGUAAGUCAGCUUGAUAUAACUCCUGGCCAAGUUCCUAUUCCUAUUUGUGACCUAUGCCUGCAUGAGUAUGUGUUGUAUAAAUAGAUUAUAAGCAAUAAUUAAUUAACAUCAAUGCAUACAAAGCCUUAAUUUUCCAAAAAAUAAUCCAUGUGUUCAACCUAACCUAGUAAGCAAUAAUGUAAGUCAGCUUGAUAUAACUCCUGGCCAAGUCCCUAUUCCUAUUUGUGACCUAUGCCUGCAUGAGUACUAUAUGUGUUGUAUAAAUAGAUUAUAAGCAAUAAUUAAUUAACAUCAAUGCAUACAAAGCCUUAAUUUUCCAAAAAUAAUCCAUGUGUUCAACCUAACCUAGUAAGCAAUAAUGUAAGUCAGCUUGAUAUAACUCCUGGCCAAGUCCCUAUUCCUAUUUGUGACCUAUGCCUGCAUGAGUACUAUAUGUGUUGUAUUAAUAGAUUAUAAGCAAUAAUUAAUUAACACCAAUGCAUACAAAGCCUUAAUUUUCCAAAAAUAAUCCAUGUGUUCAACCUAACCUAGUAAGCAAUAAUGUAAGUCAGCUUGAUAUAACUCCUGGCCAAGUCCCUAUUCCUAUUUGUGACCUAUGCCUGCAUGAGUACUAUAUGUGUUGUAUAAAUAGAUUAUAAGCAAUAAUUAACAUCAAUGCAUACAAAGCCUUAAUUUUCCAAAAAAUAAUCCAUGUGUUCAACCUAACCUCGUAAGCAAUAAUGUAAGUCAGCUUGAUAUAACUCCUGGCCAAGUCCCUAUUCCUAUUUGUGACGUAUACCUGCAUGAGUACUAUAUGUGUUGUAUAAAUAGAUUAUAAGCAAUAAUUAAUUAACAUCAAUGCAUACAAAGCCUUAAUUUUCCAAAAAUAAUCCAUGUGUUCAACCUAACCUAGUAAGCAAUAAUGUAAGUCAGCUUGAUAUAACUCCUGGCCAAGUCCCUGUUCCUAUUUGUGACGUAUACCUGCAUGAGUACUAUAUGUGUUGUAUAAAUAGAUUAUAAGCAAUAAUUAAUUAACA